UCCGUCCUUCGAAAACAUCACAUUGGCGACGAGGAUGUAGCCCGUUCCAAGCUACCUUCGGCAUCCCGUACCGUCCGGCUACGCCCGCCCCGCCAUGAGCUUCCCCGGCCUCGCUCCGCCGCCGCCGUUCCUCCAGACGCCCGGCCGUCCGUCCCUGCCAUGGGAGGAGUGGGAGCAGACUUUUACAGUCUACCUUCUAGCGUCCGGAGCAGCUGAGUGCCCACCAGAGCGACGCAAGGCCAUUCUUCUGCAUUGUUUGGGGGCGGAAGGGCAGCGUGUUUUCCGGACUUUACCUGCAGGGUCAAGCGCCGCAGCACCGGCAGUUCAAGAUAAGCCUACCGCGGCCACUACUGACGUGUACGCGUCUGCACUCGCCCCCUUACGGAAGCAGUUUUCGACGUCGUGCAACGUAGUCGUCGAGCGUCAUCGUUUCCACCGCCGCAACCAACACGCAGGCGAGUCUGUUCACGACUUUGUUGCUGCUUUACGGCAGCUCGUUUCGCAUUGUUCGUUCAAUUCACAAGAUGAGGCUCUCCGUGACCAAUUUGUUGCCGGCGUUGCUUCCAAUCGCGUACGUGAACGGUCCCUACUCGAGGGUUCCUCCCUGUCGUUCGAGAGCGCAGUACGAAUCGCUCUUCAGUUUGAGCAAGCAGCUGAAGAACUAAAGGAAUUCUCUGCUUCAGUCGAGCCUGUUUCUGUGCGUCGUCCGCAUUCUUCGCGAAAAACCAGUUCACAGCCAAAAGAGCAUUGUCAGCAGAACUUUUCAAGGAAAGCGAGCGGUUCACGUGCGUCGCAGGGGCACCGCCCCCCUCGACGAGACAGAGAUAGCCGGUCCGUUUUACCUCACUGUUUUCGGUGCGGCUCGCGGAACCACCGCGCAUCAGCGUCACAGUGCCCAGCGCAGGGAAAGAAAUGUUCGUUUUGCGGCGUCAAGGGCCACUUUCAGAGAGUAUGCAACCGCAAGCGACAAACGCAAGGCAGGGUUCGUGAAGUUGAUUUUGAUGACGAUGUUUUGUCAAGUGGAAGUUCUGAGCAAGUUUUGACCGUGCAGCAUUCUGCUCGCAGAGCAAUAUACAUAAAAGUGGGCGUAGCGGAUGUCAGCUUGACAUUUCUUGUUGACUCGGGGUCGUCUGUUUCGAUUCUGUCUGAACACGCAUUUCGUCGACAUUUUGAAAGCGUUUUGCUCCUUCCAGCUCCGCACGUCACCUUGCUUGAUUUUUCUAAGCGUCCAAUUUCCGUGCUAGGGUGUUUUCAGGCAGACGUUCAAUUUAAAGGGCGCUCUGCACCACUUCUUUUCUACAUCGUUCGCCAAGGCACCUGUAUGAUUGGCCUCGACGGCAUUAAGGCUCUAAAUCUUCGAAUUCAGGGUUCCACUCUCGAGUGCCUGCACACGUCCGUCGUCCCGCCGCCGCGUGUCAAUGACCCGACACCUUCUCACAUUCCAACGCAGUCAAGAGGGCAACCGAGGCAAGCAAACCUUCCGCCAGCCUUGGCACCCGAUUUCGUUUCACUUUUCAGUCCUGAGUUGGGCCUUGCUAAGCGAUUCACGCAUCGUGUCAAAACUCGGCAAGGCGUGCAGCCGUUGUUCCUCGAACCUCAACUGCUCAAAGGCAUCGAAUCCGUUUUCAAUGGUGGAAGCAGUCCAGCUAUAAAUUAA